ACAAAACCAACAUAAAACACAACCCAAAAAUGGAGUUACUAACGACGGUCGCGAGCUUUUUCACUCCGACGACUCUUUUCCUCCUUCUUAAUCUUAUGAUCGGUACAAUCGUCGUAACCUCUCGACUCGGGUCAGGUUCAAGAAAACAUUACCAGCAUCACGAUGGAUUCGGGUCAGGUCAUGCUCCGGCUCCGUUAGCUAGAGCUCCAUCGAUUAUCGACCGAGUCAAGUCCAUCAAUUUUCAUCUCUACAAAUUUCCUCAUCCAGAAACUGAGCUUUUCUCGAUGACAGCUCACCACGACAUAAUCGGGUCGGAUCUUCAUGUUUACCCGGAUCCAAAUCCGGCUCCGUUACAACGUGCUCCUUCUCUUUUGGAUCGGGUCAAAUCUAUCAACAUGUCUUAUUUCAAGUUCCCACACGACGUAACCGGGUCGGAUCCUCACUCCCACUCCCACUCCCACCUAGAUUUACACCCGGAUCCGGCUCCGGCACCGUUACAACGAGCUCCUUCUCUUCUGGAUCGGGUCAAAUCCAUCAACAUGUCAUACUUCAAAUUCCAGCAGUAUAACCCGGAGGAGAAUGAUUAUGCUCAUCACACAGAACCGACCCGAUUCGAAAGUAUUCCGACCCGGAUGGGUCGGGUUGACCCGAUUGAUAUCUCAAAAUUCAGAAUCCCGGAAGAAGAUCAACCAACCGGAACCGGAGUGAACAGUCAAAUUAACCCGCCCGGUUUAACUCGAGCUCCGUCUAUCUUAGAACGGGUCAAAUCCAUUAAGCUAUCCUCCUUCUACAGAUCCGACCCGGAUUUGGAUCAAAAACAAAAUCCGGAUCCGGUUCUUCACGAGGAGCACAAGCAUGUACGAAGCAAAUCGGAAUCGAAAAAACCGGUGAAGAAGAAGAAGAAAGCUUUAACGAAGAUGACAAAAUCGGCUAGCGAGAAAUCAGGUUUUGGUUUCGCAGGAAGCCAUGCGGAAGCGCCGGAGACGGUGGAAUCCCUCGAACGGAGAAGACCAGAUACAACGAGAGUCGAAAGAUCGACGUCUUUCGGCGACGGCGAAGAUGGCGUCGACGCGAAAGCUUCAGAUUUCAUCAACAAAUUCAAACAGCAGCUGAAAUUACAGAGACUCGAUUCGAUUCUGAGGUACAAGGAGAUGCUUAAGGCCCAUUGAAGCCGUCUCCGUCGCCGGUGAUUAUUGUAUUCCUCGCCGAUGUCUGGCUCGCGGUUUUGUUUGCCGCCGUUUUUCACGUAGGAGACAGGAGUGGACAUUAUCUGAAUUACCGAUAAUAUCCCUGUAUGUUUGAGGAUAUUUAAGUAAUUUAUUAAUUAGUUAAUGUGAAUUUGUUAUUGUUUAGUUCAUAAAGAGACAAGAAAGAAAAAAACGUAGUUGCUUAGCGAAGUAUGUGUGGCGUUAAAAUUGGAUCUAGGACGUUGUUUUGCGUCUUAAUUCUAAUGAUCAUUCAUUCACUUGGCAAUUUUUUCGAGAUGUUUGGUACACGUUUCCUAUUUUCUGCCCUAUUUUCAGGUUGGUUUAUUCUAUUUAUUUAAAAUUUUCUAGGCAAAAUUGUUCGUGCCAUGAUACAGAUUAUAUUAAGAGUUCUAUUUGAAUAUUUUUGUACAUAUACAGAUAUACUUCCUAUUUUGUAUCAUAUAUACUUUUAGAUU